AUGGAGAAGAGCAAUGAUAGCAGGGAGAGAGACUUUGACGGAGAGGAGUGGGUUGGAGUGGUGGUGGAGGGGGAGGAGGAGGAGGAGGAGGAGGAGGAGGAGGAGGAGGAGGAGGAGGAGGAGGAGGAGGAGGAGGAGGAGGAGGAGGAGGAGGAGAGGAGGAGGAGGAGGAGGGGAGGAGGAGGAGGAGAGGAGGAGGAGGAGGAGGAGGAGGAGGAGGAGGAGGAGGAGGAGGAGGAGGAGGAGGAGGAGGAGGAGGAGGAGGAGGAGGGGGAGGAGGAGGAGGAGGAGGAGGAGGAGGAGGAGGAGGAGGAGGAGGAGGAGGAGGAGGAGGAGGAGGAGGAGGAGGAGGAGGAGGAGGAGGAGGAGGAGGAGGAGGAGGAGGAGGAGGAGGAGGAGGGGGAGGAGGAGGAGGAGGAGGAGGAGGAGGAGGAGGAGGAGGAGGAGGAGGAGGAGGAGGAGGAGGAGGAGGAGGAGAGUGGAGGGUGGAGAUUGAGUGUUGCCAGGUCCACCGAAAGGAAGUGCAGAGGGGGGCGAGGCUUGCCCUGA